AUGGAAGUUGAGAUAGCAAAAGAGAAAAGUGGCAACACCGCCCACAAUACCGAGGCAGACGAGCAUCAAGCCGGCACAGAAGCGAUCACUGGCGAACUCGACGAGCUACACCACCUGGGAUACGAGCAACAACUCAAACGCAACCGAUCACUUCUCACACUACUCUUUCAAUCCCUCGCCAUCGCCGCCAUUCCUUAUGGAGAAGGCAGCGCGCUCAUCAGUGCCAUCUACGGCAGCGGACCUCUCUCCAUCUUUGUCGGAUGGAUCGUCGUGUGUGUUCUUGAUCAGAGUAUCGCCAUGUCGCUCGCAGAACUGGCUUCACGGUAUCCCACGUCGGCGGGACUUUACUACUGGUCAUUCCAAAUUGCGCGUAGCAACAAAGUGACCGUAUCGUUUAUCAAUGCUUGGAUCUGGCUCAUCGGGAAUUGGACCAUCACUCUAUCGGUCAACUUUGGCUUUGCAUCUCUAUUGUCUGCUACCGUCUCCAUGUACCAUCCCGACUGGAGCGCAAACGCAUGGCAACUCUUAUUGAUCUUUUACGCUAUCUGUCUGGGCAGUCUCACAAUCUGCACCUUUGCCAAUCGAUAUCUCCCUCAAGUGGACAUUGCCUGUGCCACCUGGACGGCUCUGACCAUCAUCGUCGUCCUCAUUGCCGUCUCUGUAAAAGCAGAGACCGGCCGGCACUCCGCCGCCUACGCGCUCUCCCACUACGAUAAAUCGUUCGCUGGCUGGGGCAGUUUUACCUUUUUCAUCGGCCUUCUCCCUGCAGCAUACGUGUUUUCCGCCAUGGGCAUGGUCUCUUCCAUGGCCGAAGAGGUCGCUCAUCCGACGGUCCAGGUCCCCCGAGCCAUCUCACUUGCUAUCCCCGUCGGCGCCAUUGCCGGUCUACUCUUCAUCAUCCCAAUCACCGUGACCCUACCUCCCCUCGAAGACAUUAUCAACAGUCCCGGCGGCCAAGCCCUCCCUUACAUCUUCCAGCACGUGAUGGGCUCCCCGGGCGGCGGUUUCGCCCUCGUUUUCCUUGUCCUCAUCAUCACCCCUCUUCUGCAGCAUCAGCAUCACCGUCGCCGCCAGUCGCGCAACCUGGGCCGCAGCCCGCGACGACGCCAUUCCACUCUCAUCCCUGUGGUCCCGUGUUCACCCUGGCCUCGAUGUCCCUGUCUGGUCCCUCCUCCUCACCACUAUCAUCCAACUGCUCCUGGGCCUGAUCAAUCUCGGCUCCACGAGCGCAUUCACCGCAUUUGCCUCAGUAGGCGUUAUUGCACUGGCCGUGGCCUAUGCCGUGCCGAUCACAUUGAGCUUGUGUCAUGGACGGAAGGAAGUCUCCAAGGCGCCGUGGAACUGUGGGCCGAUUUUGGGGACGGCGGUUAA